AUGUCUCUCAAUGCUCCUCCAGCCCUACAUCGACAUGGAUCGGAUGAUUCGGAGAAAGGAUAUAUUGAUGACAAAGAAGCCGAUGACGCAUUUGAUGCAUUGGCAGCCGAAGAAGAAACUCAUGAUAUCAAAUUACGCACGAUGUCUUGGCAAAGAUGUGCAUUACUCUUAUUUGGUGAUCAAGUUUGUUUGGCAAUCAUGGCUCAAGCUUGGUCAAUCAAGGUAUUGGGUUGGGUUCCAGGUUUGAUCACUACUUUCUUGAGUGGGAUUUUGUUUUGGAUUACAAGUUAUACAAUGUGGAAGUUCAUCAUGAAAAACCCGCAAGUCCGUGAUAUUUGUGAUAUCGGUUAUCUCUUAUUCGGAAAGAGCAAUACAGCUUACGUAGCAACGGCAGUUAUGUUAUUGCUCAACAAUAUCUUGCUAAUGGGUUUCCACGUCUUGACUGGUGCAAAAAUCUUAAACACUCUAUCAAAUCACUCAAUGUGCUCCGUUGGAUUCGCUGCAAUCAUUGCGGUCAUCAGUAUCUUGCUCUCUCUUCCACGUACCCUUAACCAUGUCAGUCUGAUGUCCAUCUUCAGCGCUGCAUGCAUGGGUAUUGCAAUCUUACUCUUUAUGAUCUUUGCAGGAAUUGAAGAUCAUCCUGCUACAGGAUAUGGAGGUGAUUACCCAACCGUCGGCUUGGUUCGCACGUAUGCAUUCCCACAAGAAGGUGUUACCUGGGUUGAUUGCUUGAACGCAGUGCUAAACAUCACUUUCUUAUGGGUACCACAAAUCUUGUUCCCCACAUUUAUCUCCGAGAUGAGACAACCCCGUGAUUUCCCAAAAUCUUUGGCCGCUCUUGCCGUUGCUUCUUUCGUCUUGUUCACCGUUCCGGCAAUCGUUGGAUUCCGUUAUCUUGGUCAAUAUGCCGAAGCUCCUGCUUUUGGAAGUUUACAAGAAAAUUAUAAAAAAAUCAGUUUUGGUUUUGUAAUCGUUCCAACGACCGUCAUUGGCGUAAUCUAUGCAAAUGUGACCGGUAAAUUCCUUUACCGUUCUAUCAUGGGCAAAUCUCGUCAUCAACACAGCAACACUGUACUCGGUUGGGGUGCCUGGGGAUUGGUGCAAUUUGCCAUUUGGGCGCUCGCCUUCGUUUUCGGUGAAGUGAUUCCAUCAAUGGGUGACUUCCUAAGUUUAUUGGGUGCUGCUUUCGAUAGUCAAUAUGGUUUCUUAUUUUGGUCCAUUGCAUAUUAUCAUAUGUACAAGAACAAGCUAUGGACAUCUCCUCUCCGUAUCGCUUUGACUUUGAUUCACAUCUUUGUCUUUGCCGUCGGUCUAUUCUUAUUAGGUCCAGGUUUAUAUGCUGCUGUAGAGGCAAUUAUUGUCGAUUAUAGCGGUUCCACCCGCCCUGCUUUCACAUGCAAAAAUUUGGCUCUUUAA